AUGAUUAUUGAGACAAAAACGGGUAAAAUAAUGGCCACAACUGUCACUCGGCUCGGAAAGAGUGUCCACUGUUUCUUCGGCAUCCCUUACGCCGAACCGCCGGUCGGAACGUUGAGAUUCAGAAAAGCGGUUCCAAAGAAAGCGUUCAAAGAAACUCUAAAAGCCUUAAAACAACCGAAUUAUUGCUUUCAACGCAAGACAACAAUCGACAAGAGCUCUGAAUACGUGAAACAAGUCCUCAAAUACAUUCCCGAUUUGAACCACUAUUUCGAUGUGGAGCGCGCCGAAGACUGUCUCUAUCUCAAUGUGUUUGUUCCCGACUCGGGCGCCAACAAGACGGUGAUGGUGUGGAUCCACGGCGGGGCCUUCAUCUCCGGUCAAAUCAGUCAUUACGACGGAUCCACUUUGGCCGCCGCUCGAGACGUGAUUGUCGUGACCGUCAGUUAUCGUUUGGGAGUGUUUGGCUUUCUGGCGGCUAACGGUUCGGAACUUCCGGGAAAUUACGGACUUCACGACCAGGUGUUGGCUCUGCACUGGAUUCGCGACAAUAUCCACGCUUUCGGCGGAAAUGUCGAUAAUGUGGUGUUGUUUGGAGAGAGCGCGGGCGCCAUCAGUGUUGGCUAUCAUUUGAUUUGUCCGUUGAGUCGCGAUCUGUUCUCAAGAGCUAUUCUCGAAAGCGGAAACCCUUUGGUUCCGAUGAUAAUGGCCGACAGGAACAUCAACACUGAGGCCACUCUCGACCUGAUCCGCGCGCUCUGUCCGCACAUCGCGGCCACACAAGUGGACAGCCGUGGGAUCACGUGUUUACAAGAGGCGAAUGCGUCGCUUCUCUACGAUUGGUCUCAAAAGAUAUUUGCGCGAAGAAUCGGAUCUUUUCUUCCCAUUGAAGACAACGACUUCUUCGCAGAACAUCCGCAAGAAUUGGUGAGCAAUCGGCAGUUCUUCGGCUCCAAAGAGAUUCUGAUCGGAACGAAUGCCGUCGAAGGUUCGCCAACGAGGAUCAUAAACAGUUUGCAUUCAGGCGCCAAUUUCGCCACUUUCGGACCGUUUGGCAAAUUCCCGAAAAACGCGUUCACGAAACACACAUUUGUCGCGCUUUUGAAACACAAUUUGCCCGAAGAGUACAGCGGUUUGGCGGAGAUGGCGGUCGACUACGUGUUGGACGGCGUUUCCAAUGGCAGCGAUUCCACAGAGGUCUGGAACCGAUACGUCGAUAUCGUGGGAGACGUCAUCUUUGUUUGUCCCGACUUUGUCUUCAUUAACCACUACUCGGCGGCCAAUCAAACGGUCUUCUAUUACCGCUUUGUGCCGAAAGCCAAGUACUUCUGGUCGGGUCCCGACUGGGCGUCGGGUGCGGUUCACGCGCAGGAAUUGCCGUUUGUUUUCGGCAUUCCUUUGGUUUUGCAAAAAUGGUUUUCUCUCAAAGAAAUACAAUUAAGCGAAACAUUGAUGACUGUGUGGACAGAGUUCGCCAAAACGGGGUUUGUUUCGCAUUUUCAGACCUUUGUCCUCAAGUGGCAGUUGUGCACGAAAUCCUAA